UGCGGCAGCACAGCAGUUCGAUCGUGUCGUUUCCCGUGAACCCUUCCCUCAGCCUUUUCCUCCUUCUCCUCUUCGGGCCGAUUUGCGCGAGCCAGGGGUCGAAGAGAACGCGUGACGCCGUUUGGUAGUGGUCUUCUGCGGCGGUUUUUGUUGUCACGUCCGGGUGAACGGUGUCGGGGAACGUGCGGAAGUAUGCGCGUGGUAUCGAUCACGCGGCCCGAUCCCACGGAUAUGUGAUACCGGAAACGGUCACGGCAGGCUUCGACCUGCGUGCAGGUGCUCGACGGUGCGUACGACGUACGCGUACAGAGGGGUGCCGAAGGAGAGAAAGAAGGGUGCGCGUGAAGUGCCGCGUGUCAGGGCCAAUCGUGAAGAUGCAGGCCACCGACGCCGUCGUCGCGACGGCGUCCCUGCCGUCAUCCGCGUCGUCAUCGUUCGCCUACACCUCGAGGAAGCCCAACUACGUCGCGAGGCUCGUCUGCACGGUCCUCGUCUCCUGGUGGAUCGUUCAGGAUCAGCUGGCGCUGGGGCUCUCCGAUCCACCCGAACUAACCACCAUCGAAGACUUAAGUGGAAGAGGGACGAAAAAAUUCGGCGACCAUUGCGUGGAGGAUCUCGAAUGCGGUUUCGCGGGCUCAUACUGCGAGCCGAAGAAAAGCAAGUGUGCUUGCAAGGAGGAAUUCGAGGCUACGAAUCAUAUCGACAAAUGUGGACAGCCGGCGAACGUGAACGAGUCGUGCUUUUUUAACGAGCAAUGCGAGGCGAAGGUGAGCCAAACGGAGUGCAGAGACGGACGUUGCAUUUGCAUCUUCGAGAAGAUCCCUGUAACACAGCCGGACGGCCUGACAGUAUGCGUCGCCGAGCAGAAGGAGGAACCCAAUCUCCAAUACGUCGACCCAACGAUGAUUGGUGUUCUUGUCGGUAUGGCUCUCAUGUUCAUCAUCAUCUGCGUCGUUCUUAGGCUUUUCAGCAAAGCUCGCUGGCGCGAGAAUCGCACCAUCUUUAAUACACCGAACGCUCGUCUGAUGAACGUGUCCUUGCUGAGGGAGAACAAACUUUUGCACCCGCAAGAGAGACGUGGAUCAAGGGCGAGCGUACGGGUUCCCUCGAGGCAACCCUCGAUGGCCUCCUUACGCGCCCACUCGCCAAACGCCUCGCAAGGUGCGAAACACUCUCAGCACUCACAGCACAGAGUGAGCCGGUCACGAACAGGAUCACGGCGCGGAAGUCGCGGGAGCAGCGGGAAUGCGUCAGCGGUUUCGACGAAAUCAAACAAGUCGCCACCUAACCAGCCGAACACCAUGACGGAAACCGUGUUGGACAACGUCACCGUGGAAAUUCUCGAUGCCAAGGCGUAGAUCCGCGCGAGAGAGUCCUCCUCGGCUCCUUCGACGCCAUCUUUAACGACCGUCGAGGGACGCUCGAGGACGUAGAUCGUCUGGAUCGUCCACGAGGCAAUUUAAAAAGUCUCUUAACAACGUACAAAUUCCAAUCUCCGUAUUCCUUUCCCUCUGUUCUUUCCACAGUGAAAUUCCUAGCAAUUUCGUCCCACGUCGAUAUCAAUUUCUCGACAUUUAUCGCGGCGACGAGGACGUUGCCAAUCACCGUAUUCGAUAGGCGUUUCGUAUCGCGUCUGUUUUCGAAACGAUGUGCGCCGAGUUACUUUUAUAUUCGGACACUUUACAAUUUUUAGUUUGUCGCUAUAAAACUUCUCUGUUCUAGGAUAAAGUAAUCAAGGUAUAUUAAAGCAUUAACAAGUCCAAUAUUCGCGUUAUCACAAUAUUUUAAUAACUUUAUAAAAUAAUAGUGCGUGUACCGACUGUCUGCUAUCUAAAAUCAAAGAUGGUAUUGGCAGAUGCUAGGCUUAGUUUCAGAAGAUGUUUUAGCAGCUAGUUUAUGGUAUCGUAAGAUUCCCUACUUGCGCUCGAGCGUAUACCACUUAUGAAUCUUUUUAUGAGGGAGAAAAAUUUGUUAAUAACAUCGUUAAAAUUAUAUGUAAAAUAGUCCCGGUAAACAAUUUCGUGUAACUAUGAUCGAUUAAACAUAUUUUUAUAACUAUCAGGAAGUAACGAUCCUUAAAUGAGUGUUAUUUAAAAAUGACAUUGGUACCUAUAUUAUGUUGAUACAAUAUGUACCUUAAUUACUUUAUUAAUUAUUAUAAAGGAAGUUAUGUAAGCAAGAAAGUGAAAAUUGCGAGGUGUCCUGAUAUUAAAGUUACUCGCUGUACCUACGCCUAACGAAACGACAAGUUUCCUGGCAACGAUUUCAUUUUUGGAGAAUCGAAGGACGCGACGUUACAACCGAGAUAAUCAUUAUUUACCGAGAUAAUCAUUAUUAAGUUUCGCGUUCGAGUAAAGCGGAGAAAAUUGGACAAGGUUCAAAUUAACACGUUGAUUGCUAGACUGAUAUACGUGGAAACUUCUACAAAGCUAAAAUUUCAUUCUGAAACAAUUGAAAACUACACGAUUUAUUACUUGUCGUAGUAUUUAUUCUUCCAACUGCAUCGAAAUUCACGAAUUCUAUCUAAAUAUUUUGUUUGAACUCACUUUCAGAACUGACUUUCUAAAUUUCUUAGCGAAAAGCUCUAUCAUCGCAUAUAUAGAUCAUGUGGCACUCAACGAGUUAAUUGAAACUUCUUCUUCUUAAAAAAAAAAGAAAAGAAGAAGAAGAAGAAGAGAGCACUCGAAGACGUGAAUAAAAAAUAUUAGUGUCGUCUUUACGUUUGAUUCGAGAAAAGAAGACACGCUCGAGCGUGUGAUUUUGAUAAAUUGCUACCGCGAGCUACACGACGAAACAUAACGACGUUAAUCGCAACAAAUCUAGAUGAAUAUAUUCGCGCGAAAAUAAUCGGAGUAAUUUUGCACAAAAAAACGAAACAAAGAAACGCGUUCAAUUGCGUCGACGAGCUGUAGAAUUUAAUCGAGAAUCUCAAAUGUAAUCCUGCAGUUAAUUCUCGUAGAUCGUUUCGGAUUCCGCUGCAUCCAAACAAAAACGAAUAGAAAAGAAGAAAAAAAAAAGACAGAGAAAGAAAAACGUAAUCUUUUUUUACGACAAAAAAAAGUAUAUUAUACAUGCUUAGUCUUACGAAUCAUCGAUCACUGCGAAGCACAACCUCUGCGUCUUUGAACUUGUUCGUUUGAUAUCGACUCGAAGACACGAACUUCGUCCCUCCAUUGUUGUUUCGCAUCGUUUGCAAUCUCGUUUCGGACGAAACGGUAGUAGCGUGCGUUUCGAACUAAUUGUCACUUCGUAAACAUUCAUCGCUUCGAUGUGGUAAACGAUGUGGUAAAACGAUCCAUAGGGUAACUGGCUCGUUUAACCCUUGACGGUCCGAGUACGGUAUAUGAAACAAUAAUUACAAUUAGAACAAAGAAUUAGGAUGUGUGAGUGUUUUUGUUUUACUCGCGAUCGAUGUAGAGUGAUUUAUAAACUAGGAAUCGUUACGAAUUUCGUACGCUCUCUCCUCGUAAGUUUUCGCUAUUAAUAACGAACGAGGGCAUUUUAUGAUUAAUCCAAUCAACGUAAUUUCCAUUCGUGAGAAAAGUCGGUGUCGGCAGUCUACCAACGCGUUAAAAACUUGAACCGUCGAGGGUUAACCUUUUCACUGCUGAAUCAGCGAAAGGAGCCUGUGUGUCGAAUUUAUUUCAUCGUCUACUUUUUAAUCAUUGCAAACAUGUAUGAAAAUCGAAGAAGUAGAAAAUCAUGCGAAACUGUCCACGAGUAAGUAUUCUCGAAUUAAAUACUCGAUAUUGAGAAGAUUAGGUAGGCGCACAAUCAUUUCUUAAGAAGAUUUGAAAUCUCGUCGGAGAAAUCUUACCACUGAAAGAACACGUUUCGGAUCUUCUUGAGAAAUGACUACACAGUAACCAAAAUAAGCCAAUUGCUAUCCGGUGAUAAUCGUGGUGGCUAAUUCUAUACUUACUCCUAAUUCGUAUUUUGUAAUCGAUAGUGAGAAUCGAUACUCCGAGUCCAGAAUCGCUAGGACGAAAUGGCGGUGGAUCCUCCAUCGAUCUAUGGUAUCGAUCAGAGCAUCCAGGAAGAUGAUCUUUAUCGCGUUCUGUCUUUUACCUCUAACGUCGCGUCGAAUCUCACGAUUUCUAAACGACAGCUUCUUUAAAAGGGUGGAUCGAAACGGGCGGUUGGAUAGAGCUAAAAGAUGGCAAUCGUGUAUUAGGCGAAGGGUUAUCGUAGAAAGAUUUUUAAAGAAAUCGUCAGCUGGUCUGAUAUCGUGGCGCGAAUCGUUAAGACGCGAAGAAAGGGCAAUACGAUAUAAUCAUCGCGAGGGAACCGCCCGAAGAGGCCAGUGCUCGCGGAUCCUCUUCUAAAAAGGUCGAUUCAAAGGAUCGACGAGAAAGAACCAACCGUUCUCGCCGUCGAAAAACUGCUUUCACGAGAAGCCAACACGAAAGGGACCAGACGAAAGUGUUUGAAACCGACAUCCUGGGAGUAACACGGCGACCAAUCGCCGUCGCGUCGUAAUCACUGAUUACUAAUCAGAGGUGGGCGGAACUAGUCCAACAUCCGCAGAGAUCCUUAGUUUCCUUCGUUCAAAAUUGUCGUUCGAACUACGUGAAAUGAAACAUUUCGCAUCGGACGAACGUUGCGAAUACACAGUGGUUUUUAUUCGAGCGAACUUUUGCCCAUCUCUGCUGGUACUUAAGCACCGUCGUAGCUCUAUCUGUUUCACGAUAACACAACUAAUCCCGCAUGAAUUAGGCAACGAGAUAGUUGUACUGUACACUCGACUCGUUUCUCAUUCCUAGGAUUCGUUUCCGUCUACCGUAUCGUUCGGUCUAUAUCAGAGGACCCGAAGAGAUCGCUCCUACGUGAAAUUCGGUUUCGAACUUUGAAAAUGAUUAUUUCGGUGUUGGACGGUAACUGAGACUUCCGAGUGUAACCGUGUUUGAGCGAGAUACUCGGACGAUUCGUAUUGCAGAUAACUCGAGCAACGGAUACACCCAGAAGCCUUAGUUGGUAUCCAACCAUGAAGAUCCGAACCGUAAAAGCCUCGAAUAUCUUAUCGGUAAAAAGUUCGUAAAGGAGACUCUCCCGGGGACAAUUUUUGUAGCUUUCAAGCAGCAAUUGCUAUAGGGGAAUUACUUUCUUCGAAGAUCGCUCGAUACCUGUUAUUAUUCUGUACCGUUCGACGGAAAAUUCAUGCUCGCCGAGUAGACGUAGUAUUGGGAAAAGCGAAAUCUGCUUGAGGCUAGGCAGGGGUCUGUUGGAUGUCGACGUGUGAAUUAUUCCCGAAGAAGGUGAAUGGAGUCGCCUCGGGAGAUUUCAACGUAGAUGGAGAGCGCGACCAAACGCGUAUCGAACGCGUACUGGCUACCUAAUUAAUCGCACAAGAUCUCGUUCUCGAUAGCUUACGUCGAUCUACGCAUGCUCAUACACACGUACAUACAUAAACACAGAUCGCACGCGCGCGCGUGUACACGUAGAAAUAUCAUUUCGUCGAGUCCAAGCGAAUAAUGAAGAUCAUCGAUAGUCCGGUACAAUUGUAUCUCAGCAAUUUAGUGCCUGCGCUCUCGCGUGUAUAGUGUUCGCGCGAAGAAAUGAGAUUAAUUAAAUACAAAAUAUAUAGAUACGUAUAUAAAUAUCAGUAUAAGAAAAAAAAUAAGUACAUACAUACAUAUAUAUAUAUAUACAUGCAUAUAUGUGUAUAUACAUAUAUACAUAUAAAUAUAUAUAAAACUAGGCUUGGCACUAUUUGCACUAUUUGUAGACUACUUUUUCGAAUGCCUAGCGACUGUAUCCACUCUGUGAUCUAUGUGCAACGUACAGCUACGACAGAUUCUUCUCGCUACCGUCAUCGUUACUAUUCUUAACAUUUACCGAGGAUAAUUAUCUUAGCGUUAAACUAACGUGUAAGCGACUCGCUUAGCUGUUGUCGUCCCGCACCUAAUUCUCCCUCUCCUCGCACAAAACGAUCCACUUGUACAGCACUGGUAGCGUUUAGACCAGAAAACUUAGGAGCAGUAUCUUCUCGACGAUCGCCUCUGUGCGACCAGAGACGAGGGAAAAUUCGUAUUCGAACGCGUAAAGCUAAUCGAAUAACGAAUAAAAGAUGAACGGCUUUUCGUUCGUGUCACUGGAACGAAAGUUUACGGUACGUCAUAUAUUCCGCUAUUAUAGAACUAAAUAUUUCACGACGAAUAGAGAAGCCAUUCGACUAACGAAUAAAAGAUCAACGACUGUUCAUUCGUGUAACGAAAAAUUACGGUAUGUCGUAGUUUCUAUUGUAGAAGUAACGUUCUGGAACGAAAUAUUCCACGACGAACAAAAAUAUUUGUUCGAGUAAGGGCCACGAAUGAAUUGCUGGAGGUUGCUUUUAUUCGUGUCGUACGAUUGAAACCUCGCCCGUCUCUGGAUGGGUGAAAUUUGCGGCGGAUCGAAGAAUGGAUGAAGUCGAAGAGAAGGAUAGAAAAAUAAAUAGAAAUGAUUUAGAGAAACGCAGAUGCGAUCGAGCAGGAGGUCGAAUAUUCAAUUAACGAGGUUUCGAAGACGAGGAGGGAUCGGUCUUGAUCCGCGAACGAAAUUCGGGGAAGGUUUCCGUUUCCGGAUAGAACGUUUCCUCUCGCGAUGAUCCACGUUGUCAAGUCCAUUGGAAACAAUCUUCGAUAUAAUUAUACACGGCUAUGGAAAGUAAUCGUCCGCUUAAGACACUAGAGUUUAACGUUAAUCGUUAGAGUAUGCGUAUACAUUUAUACACACAUAUAUAUAUAUACAUAGAAUAUAUUAUUAAGAUGCUUCGAGUCGUUAGUUUCCCUCCGCCCUUGUGAUAGAAAACACACACAAAAAAAAAAAUUAUAUUAACAAAGAAACACAAGCAGGGUGCCUCGUCUUUAUCACUCAAAGACACUCGCUCACUUUUGUACGUCUCUAUUCUAAUUGCGUGGAAGGAAAAACAAAAAUCUGGUCCUCGCGUUCCGAUACGAGCGUCACCUACGCGUGGAGGCCAAACCACCUCCACGAUUAAUCGAUAAUCAAUCCGAAGGAGAACAUUGACAAUUGUAAAUCUCGUUUCCUUUUUCCUGCUAGAUCCCCUUUCGCGUUCUUUCCUUGCUAACGCGCACGGAGAGUCACUCGAACCGGGCGAGAGUCGCUUCGGCUCGUUUUAUACUUCAGCGCGGGAGGUACAACGAUUCCACGGGUUGGAAUUCACGUUCCUCCGGAACCGCACGAAACCGUACGUUAAUCUGCAAGCGACCUUUGAAGAGGGACUUUGCAAACUUCGCAUCAGGUUUAGAGAUACGAGAGAACCACGAACACGAGAGUCGGAGGACUCUUCGGUGCCAUCGAUCACCCAACGACGAAUCCGUAACUGUUGAACCUCGAGAUCGUUUAACCCUUUGCGAACGAUCGACUCGUACAUACACCCGUAGACGUCUGUUUGCGUGUAUACGUGUAACCCAACGCGCGCGUCUUGCCCCGAAAUGACCGUCCGCGAAGGGUUGAGAUGCCUCUUGUAACCGGUGCCGAUCGGAGAAUCGACAAGAUCCACGAAGAUCGAGCCACCGUGAAUCCGCGACGCCUUGCGAAAACGCGAACGAACGAUACGGUAAUUCAAAUAUGGGGAAGUGUUUGGAUUAUCCUCUCGUUCCCGUGCGAAAUGGAUACAUAUUUUUUUCCGCAGGAGCCCUCCGUAACGAUACAAGAUAAAUAUAUAUAUAUAUAUAUAAUGAUAAUUAAAUAAAUAUACGUGUAUGUAUAAAUCGUAUAAAGGCAAACACACCGUGACCACUUAAAUCGCAAUACUUUUGACAUCUGAAAAGAUAUCAACUAUCGCCCACGAUGGAACGAUUCCUCGAAACCGGAAGACGCAACACAAACGUCACAAAAUCAAAAUUACGCGAUACCUUGUCGACGCAGUCCCCCCACCCCCCGGCCGACCUCCCCCCACCAAUUGGUGGUUCAGAAACGAAGAUCGGAGGACGGUGCCUCUGUGGAUCAUCCUAAACGAAAAUGAUCUUUCAUUGUCCUUACGAGUUUCUUUUUCUAAUUCUUCUCUUGCUAGAAUUUCACGUCACAAAAUACACUCACUCGAAUACACUUUGAAUAUCCAGCACCCGAUAUCGUCUAGUUGAAUUUAAUUGAAUUAACGCGACCAGCGAUCGUUCGCGAUCGUUACCCUUAAGCUCAAGUAUCCGUUUCCUGUUACACGCAGAUAUUAACGAGUUAUUGUAAUCACCUUGCCAGUGCUUGCUUUAUCAAGGGACUACAUAGCCGUGUGCGCACGUCGAAAUGCUUUAGUAGAAUUCGAAGGACAAGAUUAGUAGACGAUAGUUUCUCGUCCAAUCGUACACCUUUUUGCGCUUUAUUAUUUAUCGAAGUUGUUCGCGAGGCACGUAUCCUUUUGUCGUCCUAUCGAUGAAAAUGUAUCGAGAUCGGAAAGUCUGGACCGCAAAGGGAUGUACGGAUCCCAGGUUGAUCCGUCUCGCAAGCACGACCACUUGAUCGUAGACGAUUCGCGUGAAAUAUUGUGAUUCGAUUUAACAAUUAGUCUAAAUAAAACAGAUUACUAUAUACACGUAUGAAAAUAUGCGUAUGUAUACAUAAUAUACACAGAGAUGUAAACAAGGUAAAUUCGUGAAACCGUAGACCGCUUCGAUUCUGAAGAAUCGCGUUAAGGUAAGAUUAAGCUCUCUAUAAUUGCGCGCUGCGUUCGAUAACUUUUAAGAAUAUCUCUGAUACGAUCUUUAGGCAGCAACUUUGCGAAUCUACGGAGACGUACUUUUCAAAAGAUUACGAGUUAACCGUACGGGGCAGCAUUUUAGACGAACUCGCGCGAGGAUAACGUAAUAGCGAAUAGCGAUCUCCUAGAUAUGGCGUGGAUGGGUGCGGGUAAAAACGUAUGCGAGUCCUCUAAUUUUUUCAAUUUUCAAAUAUUUUAUAAUGUCCUGGUAUGUAACGAAAGUGGAUAAUAUCGUUGGAUUUUUGGCAAUAUACUACCCACACUAUUUUACUAGCGGCUUAGUCUACCUUGUAACCUUUAUAUUAUACAUUUCAUAUUAUAGCUUGUAACAGAUAAUUCAUAAUCUAUUACGAUUGUAUUUGAAACUUAAUUAUAUUCUGACUCUUCGAAUUCAUUUUAAUAAAAACUUAAUACACUAUA